GUUCAGCAAACUGUGUCACCCUUUGGCAGCUGUCACAGUCCACAACUGUUGUUUUGGACUCCAGUCAAAUCCACAGCUUUGUGUGUGCUUGCUCCAGCAUAGCUGAGACCCAAGUCCCACAUCUCACAAGUUCAGAAUUCCUGUUUUGCUAUAGUCACAACAAAUACAUGGUCUGACCACUUUGAGAGGAUAAAGGAACUGGCAAGGUGCUUGGGCUAUUUUUUUCCCUUGCAAGUACACAGUGUAAACUUUGUAAACUUCAUUUCUGGCAUUGAACUUACCCUUUACACGUUGUGUGACCCCGCAUUGCUGACAUUUUUAGUCAGUCAAUGGAUGCCUUUCCUCCUCUGUUUCCUCCACUCCUCCCUUUUCUCAUGAACUCUCAUUAACACUGCUCUCCAGUGGUGAAUAUUCUACUUGCUGCCACAAGUUAUACAUGUUGCCAAGUCAUGCUCUCACUGUUAAGGCAUAUAAAUAUCAAGAAUUUUGUUUACUUAUGAUGCACGGACAGGCCUAGUUGUCCCAAAGUACAGUAAAAGAAACAAUUUGAUCAUCAGGCUAAAUGUAUUGAAGAACCUUAUUUAGAAUGUAACACCCUAACAACAGUGCAGACUUGCUUAUCGGUUCCUUAACUCUAGGCUCUAGACUCAAUAACUACUUAACAGUAACGCUUUCUCCAAAAAUAUACACGAUAUGCAAUCGUACAUGUGGCGGUCAUCAAUAUGAAUGGUAAAUUCUAAUAAGAGUUGCUGAUUUUGCUCAUUGUUGUAUAUGUUAAACUACUGCAAAAUUGAUUGUGAUCAAGGGCGUAGAUUUGGUCUUAAUAUUGGUAGGGACGAUAUAAUAGCAUAACUUGCAUGUACACUUUUUGCUGGGGACGGGACAUUAAUAAGACCAAACAUAUUUUGUGAAUGGUGGUCAGGGCUACAUUUCUCACCAAUAUGAAGCUAAUUAAUUGAGAGGCUAAAUGAUUAAUGCAAAAUAAAUCUGUUUUGACCUAUACUAACUUUCACACUGCAAAUUUAUAGCAUUUUAAUCUGAUAAUUUUUGUUACAUCUAGUCAAAUAAUUUUCUCCAUUUUUUUUUUUUUUUUAGUGUUAAAGGCUAAUUAAAAGAUUAAUGUGUCAGAUUCUUCCACUUUAAGUAAAUAUUACUAUUUGUUUGUAUUGAGCCCAUACAUCUAAAAGUUGAUCAUUUUUAACCCAAAUCAAGAAAAAAAUUCUUUCAAAUACUGUUUUGAACAGUAUUCUUGAAUUGAGAACAUUUCUGACAACCAAGUUUUUCUUUUAAGCUUAAAUAUGCAAACUUUUUGCUUAAAAUAAAUCUUAAGCUUAUUUUCAGCUAGCUGUUUUUCUUAUUUCAAGAAAUCUCAGUGAGUAAAAUCGACUUGAAGCACUGUAGCAAUAUCAAUAUUAGUGAAGUGUUCCCCACCUCCACAACAUUGACGUCUUUUUACAUUACUUACAGUGGCUGCUGCUGGCAGGAAAAAAAACCUUCUAAUAUCCCUCGUCUUUGAAUGGGGCGAGGGAUGCGGUAUGUUGUAUGGAUGUGUGUGUGUGUGUGGGGGGGGGGGUUCAAGUCAUCAGCCAAUCAAACGUGCGUUUGAGGGGAAGAAAUGGACUGGCACAUUCAGUGAGUGAAAAGGGGUCAGUGUAAGUCUGAACAUAAUGAAAGUACUGUAAUUCACUUAAUAAUGGUAGGAUCAAUUCUAUCCUGACAACAUAUAGGAAGACAAUCUAAAUGACCUAUAUAACUGAAAUCAUUAUACAAUUCAAAUAAGGUUGCCUAAAAGUUGGUCGGGAUAAUUUGAGCAUCCUGAAAAGUUGGUAUUGUUAUGUCCCUAUGCAAACCUACGCCCUUGUUGUGAUAAGUUGGUAUUGUUAUGUCCCUAUGCAAACCUACGCCCUUGUUGUGAUUAACCAAUUUCAACAUUAUGUGGCAAUCUUGCAGUGCUGUUUAAUUCAAUAGUUGACCUGAGUGAUUUAUAGCCCACAGGUAUCACUCGCAACCUAUCUCCUCCUCCCUCACUGUCAGCACAUCUGAAAUUGACCAAUCCGAUCACGGUGAUUAUAGACCCCCACAGCUCCUCCCACUGCAGCUGAUGGUGUUACCAUGGGUUACCGUGGGUGUUGGCCAGCCAUGUGUCUUGCUUUUGUGAAGAGAAUGUUAUAUUUAUUUAUUCCAAUGUCAACCUCAUAGAUAUGUAUGAUUUAACUUGCACAGGUUCCAAUACUAUUCAAAAUACAGAGUAAUUCCAAAGUAUUUCACAAAUUUUGCCCACUCACAUCUAGCUUUCACCCUUGAAAAUCUUAUUACCCUCCUUCUUUAGUUGACAGGCUGCAACAAUAAUGGAUCCUACAUAUAUAAAAGUCACAUACUCUAGUUUCUUAUAGCUGUGCUGUAUUCAGAAUGUAAAUUAUGUUCAGUGUUCAGCGUGCACAUCUGUUUACUUCACAUCCGCCGUCGUCAUAAUAUUAGGGAACGGUUCAACCCUUAGAAUAUAGCAUAUUUUCUUGUUUAAAAGGUUUUCAGGUAGUUGACAAAUGUACAAAAGCAGUCUAUAAGUGUCAAAAAAGACUUUUUCUUCAUAUUAAACUGAAAUGAUAUAAGCAUAAUUAUAGCCACAUUGUUAAAAACGCUUACCCUGUAUUUUGGGUAACUGCCAAACAUGAUAGAUAGCAAAGAGCUAAUACAGACAGCAAACAAGUGGUGAAGGACAGCCAGGGGCAACCAUAUACAACGUACUUAAGUGUGAACACAGAAGCAAUGCAGUCUGUUUAAAGCCUUCACAUUCUCCUUUAAAGGUAUUGCCGUCAUGCUGAUUGUUUGAUUACAAUAUUUUUGUAUGUUAGGAUUCCUUCCCCUCCUGAAUACAACGGCACACUUGUUUUUUCAGUUUGAUGAAUUGCAGCCUAAACUCAACUGAGCAGCUCUGAUAUAAAAAGUUAUAGGUUUACACAAGGUACUAUAGGAUCAGCUCCACUCAACGUUUGGUAUACAUCUGUUCAUAGAUGUGGGAACUGUGCACUUCCUCUUCAGAGAGCACACUCCCCUUUACCCUGGUCAAAUGUUUAUCAGGCAUGCUGCCAAAUUCCCUCACUAAUGAUCCAACAUAAUGAUCCAACAUUCCCCUCCAACUAUGCACAUGUGUGUCCUAUUUUGUGCUUUACACAGAUUUGUAUCUUUAGAGCAUUGUCUCUUUCUGAGUGAGUCAACCUUUAUUUUCAUUUUUCUAAACCUGUUGAAUGACCUUCAGACUUUUUGUGUCUCUCUUGCUGGUCUGAUUAACACCCCCGCACAUACAGUGGUGCACUCCCAGCCCUCUGAGAGAGAAAGCAUAAACGCAACCAUUAAGUGCCCAACACGUUGUUAUGGAAACUGUGCUGACAUGCUGAAAUGUAUUCCAGAGUCACUUCUGCAGUUGAAUUUUUGUCUGUUUAAAGUGAGUAGAUUUGUUUUGCAGAAACUUGGCAAAUUUACUACAGCGUGAAGCCCAAAUUGCAUUUUUAUAUAAAUAGUAAUAAUUAUUUUUUGCACUUGUGGAAGCAGCACUCCUUAAAAUCCUGAAUUACAUUUGUCAGUCAGCUGACGCUUGCUUGUGGUGCGUGCAGCAGACACACACCGUACCUUCAACCAACGUUGACAACAUUGCCAAACAUUCAAAGCCAGUUAAUUGCUGUAAAUAAGAACUCUUUGAAUUAAUCAUCAUCUGUGCCUUUUACUUCAUUAUAGUUUUCAUAGACUUCAUUAUGUAUUGAAGGCACACAAGGCUCGGGGCCGAUUCAUAGGGGGCCUACUUUAUCAUAUACAUACUUCCCCUUGGCAAUAUUUUUCGUAAAUUCAACAUCCACUUUCACUGCUAUGCCGAUGACACCCAACUCCACUUCUGAACCCUCCUCCUCUCUCCCGCCCUCAUCUCUGAAUGACUGUAUCACUGAAACAAAAAUCUGGUUUACCGACAAUUUCCUAAAACUUAACAGUAAUAAAACUGAGGUGCCCCUCGUUGGCUCUAAAUUCACCAUCUCAAAUAACCAUAACAUAUCCCUUACCGUUGACAACUCCUCUGUUUCACCCUCCCCCCCAAGUCAAGAGCCUAGGAGUAAUCCUCGACAACACACUUUCUUUUCAAUCGCACAUCAAUAACAUUACCCGGAUUGCCCACUUUCACCUACGCACCAUUAAUCGCCUCUGCCCUUCCCUCACCCCACAUUCUCCAGCAAUUCUGGUUCACAGCCUUGUCACUUCCCGCCUGGACUACUGCAACUCUCCUCUUCGGCCUCCCUCAUAAAACUCUCCAUAAAAUCCAACUGGUCCAGAAUUCAGCUGCCCGCAUCAUAACCCGUACCCCAUCCAUCCACCACAUCACUCUAGUCCUCCAACAGCUUUACUGGCUCCCCGUCCACUUUCGGAUACAGUCCAAAGUUCUCCUCACAUUCAAGGCCAUCCAUAACCUCGCCCCUCCAUACCUGUCCGAUCUCAUUCAUGUUACUACGCCCUCCUGUGCCCUUAGAUCCUCCUCCUCCAUACAACUGUCUGUCCCGCCCGCUCGCCUCAGCACCACCGGCUUUGGAAUUCACUCCCACCCGACCUCAGGAACACAGAUUCCCUCCCCCUUUUUCAAUCAAAACUCAAAACUCACCUGUUUAGACUAGUCUUUCCACCAUAAUCACUAAGUUCUGGUCUUUUUAACUGCCCUUAUAUCGCUUUUAGUAUUUUGAAUUUCCUUAAACAUUCUAUAUUUUCAUUUUCUCACUUUUUAAUAUGUUUAAAUGUUUUAAAUGAUUGUACGGCGACCUUGAGUGCCAGAAAGGCACCUUCAAAUAAAAUGUAUUAUUAUUAUUAUUAUUAUUACCUCCAUCAAAGAUGACAGAGUGGAAACACAGAGCUUUUUCCGUUGAAAAUUCUUGUGAAUAAAUGCUUAAAUCCCUGUAUUCUUUAUAGAUAAGGACGAAAAACAGUCUUGAUUCUUGAUUAAAAGCAACAACAACAAAAAAAACGUGACGUUAGCAUGUAUUUUACGUAAAUAUUGCAAACUAUAAUGCUUGUUAGUAAGUAAAUUAGCGGCCGCCCUAUGUAAACACAGCUUUUUCCAUUGAAAAUUUUUGUGAAUAAAUGCUUAAAUCCCUGAAUUCUUUAUAGAUAUGGAUGUAAAGUAGUCUCGAUUCUUGGUUAAAAGCAAAAAAAAAAAAAAAAAAAAAAAAAAAAAUCGGGCAGUUAGCAUUUAUUUUCUGUAAAUAUGCUGAAUGUCCUGCUAGUCUUUAAGUCACUGUGGCGGCCCCCUUAGUACAACAAAGAGCUUUUUCCGUUGAAAAUUCUUGUGAAUAAAUGCUUAAAUCCCUGCAUUCUUUAUAGACGUGGACGUAAAACGGUCUCGAUUCGAAAAAAAAAACGGGCAGUUAGCAGUUAUUUUACGAAAAUAUUGCGAAGUAUAAUGCCAGUGCUGUAGCUGCUAAUUUCUCCCAUUUAUUUAUUUAUUUUUGUAACAACUUUUUAAAAUGCAUGCAUGGUACGAAAAAUAUGAUAAUUACCUUGAAUCCUCGACCAAAUCACUCCUGAGACAAUCCUUCCUGUUUGUAUGCAGUACAGCUUUCGUACUUUUUCAACCUAAAUCUGGCGUUCGAUCGCUGCAUGUGAGUGUUGGACGGCCCCCUUCAGGAAGGCGUGAUGCAAUGAAUGGGGAACGUGUCAUGUCAAUACAUAAUGAACUCUACGGUAGUUUUGCACUAUUUCUCAACCUUCUCCAAAUCUCCUUUGGGUUGCAUUUUUUGUUCAACACAAAACUGAUUGUCACAAUUCCAAACAAAGUCCUAAAAAUGAAUAAGGUGGGGAUGUAAAAAUUUGGAGAAAGUUAACGCUGUUGUUGAAACACACUGCCAGCUCACAAGUGCUUUUUUGAAACUCAAACCAUGUGUAUUUUGUUCUGAUUUGAUCUUAAAAGAGACAAAGAAUUCUGUGUAAGCCACUUUGUCAACUCUUUAACUCAGUUUUCAAAUAUUUACGAAGGCUUUAGAUGAGCUUGAUAACAUGGAAUCAAAGACUGAAAAGGAAAUGAAUCCCAUUGUCGUGGAAUAACCACAACCACAAUGAGCAGUCGUGGAAUAACCACAACCACAAUGAGCAGUAUCCUUAAAAAAACAAAAAAACACCUCAAAAGUUCACAAACUGGGUGCACUGGAGCCCAGGAAGUCAUAUAAUUUGAAAAUAAAUAACUGCAUACCGGGAUGGGCAUGCCAAAAAUAAUAAACAUCAUAAACCUUACUCCUUAUCUUUGGGGCAAAUUGAACACUUUGAUAAAGAUUGAGAUUGUGUUACAUAAAUCUGACAUCCUUGCAUGAAUUAAGUCAGUUUUUCGAUUAGUUUCGGAAGUAAGCCAUAUUUUUGGGUGGAACAAAAGAUUUAUUUUUCCAAUGAGGAUAAUGGAUGAAUGGUUUAUGGAAUGAUCUAUGUCAAACCGGUGUCUACAUUGUAAGACAUCAGAUCCAGAUUUUGUAAACCCAACUCUAAUGGUCUUGAUGGAAGGACAGACAGACAAAAAGGUGCUGAAAGGACAGCGUCCCUUUUUUCUUGUAUUGGGCGUGACUUCAGGGAACUCUCCAAGGUUAUUAACAGCAUAACUUCCACCGGAAACACCCUUCAUACAAGAAGUACGGCCAUAUCCAAUAUGACAUCGCUGUCACUUAUUAUCUAAAAAAUAAGUUGUGACACCACGUGCCUCACUUCAGUUGUAAUUUUUCGAAGAGAGAACGAUUGUGCUCUUGGUGCCUACUUUAAUUUUGACAUCUUUAAUGUUUACAGGUAAUCCUCUCUUGCUUUUAUUUUGAUAGGCUCUGCUCCCGGUGUGUCCCUCACAUAGGCGGACUUGUCACAUAGUGGUCGCAUGCUACAAGCUUAGUAAUAAAAGUCCAAUCGCUAUUACAUGUUCUCGUUUUCCAUUAAUUUUAGGCAUUUUCACUAAAGUGGACUGCUUUUGUGCUGCAUUGUAUUUAUUUUGUCUGCUUCCGUCACGCUGCCACCACCUGCUACUGAAUUCCUGUCAAGGCGGUGGCCGUGCAAGAGAGCAGAGCUGAGAUAAAGAAGAAGCUUUUUUUCUUUCUUUCUUUCGCCUGUGCAGCUGCAACACCGCCUGCAAAGCAUGUCGACCACCGGGGAAAUGCCAGCAGGUGGCUUAUUCAAGAACAUGGGCUCCGACAGCCCCGCCAGGCCGAGACAGCAGUUUUGUGGCAUGUUCUGCCCAGUGGAAGGUUCCUUCGACAGCAAGACUUUGGACUUCGAUGCGCUCUCUGCGUGUAGAGGCAAGCGAGACAGUCGAGUCAUUGACCGGCAAAGCGACAUCUCCCAGCCCAAGAAGGUGGAGAUCAGGGAGAGUACAGGGAAGGAAGCUCUGCAGAACCUGGAUGAUGGAAAGAGUGACCGUCUCCUGAUCAAAGGAGCGAAGAUUGUAAACGAUGACCAGUCCUUCUGCGCCGACAUUUAUAUGGAAGAUGGAGUUAUUAAACAAAUUGGGGAAAACCUCAUCGUACCCGGUGGAGUUAAAACCAUCGACGCCCAUGGGCGCAUGUUAAUGCCUGGCGGAAUCGAUGUGCACACACGAUUCCAGAUGCCUGAUCGAGGCAUGACGUCUGCUGAUGAUUUCUACCAAGGCACCAAAGCAGCACUGGCGGGAGGCACAACAAUGAUCAUUGACCACGUGGUUCCAGAGCCAGGAGUCAGUCUCAUCUCGGCCUUCGAGCAGUGGCGUGAAUGGGCCGACAGCAAGUCAUGCUGUGACUACUCUCUGCAUAUGGACAUCACUGAGUGGCAUAGAGGCAUGCAGGAAGAGAUGGAGGCCCUAGUAAAAGAUCACGGUAUCAACUCCUUCUUAGUCUACCUGGCCUAUAAGGAUCUUUUCCAGUUAACUGACACUCAGGUGUAUGAAGUGUUUAGUGUAAUUCGUGAUCUUGGUGCCAUCGCUCAGGUGCAUGCUGAAAAUGGAGACAUUGUUGCUGAGGAACAGCGCAGGAUCUUGGAGCAGGGCAUCACUGGUCCCGAAGGACAUGUGUUGAGUCGUCCUGAGGAGGUGGAAGCAGAGGCUGUUAACCGUUCUGUGACUGUGGCAAAUCAGACCAACUGCCCUUUGUAUGUCACUAAGGUGAUGAGCAAGAGUGCUGCUGAUGUCAUCGCACAAGCCAGGAAGAAGGGCACUGUUGUCUAUGGAGAGCCAAUCACCGCAAGCCUGGGAACAGACGGUUCACACUACUGGAGCAAAAACUGGGCCAAGGCAGCAGCUUACGUCACAUCCCCUCCACUGAGCCCUGACCCGACCACACCAGACUAUCUCAACUCCCUGCUCUCUUGUGGUGACCUGCAGGUGACAGGAAGUGCACAUUGUCCCUUCAACACUGCCCAACGCGCUGUGGGAAAAGAUGACUUCAGCUUGAUACCUGAAGGUGUCAAUGGGACAGAGGAGAGAAUGUCGAUUAUCUGGGACAAGUGUGUGGUGACUGGCAAGAUGGAUGAAAACCAGUUUGUGGCAGUGACCAGCACCAAUGCGGCCAAGAUUUUCAACCUAUAUCCCCGCAAGGGCCGCAUUUCAGUCGGUUCUGAUGCAGAUCUGGUACUUUGGGACCCUGACGUCACAAAGAUCAUCUCUGCCAAGAGUCACAACUCGACUGUGGAGUAUAACAUCUUUGAAGGAGUAGAGGUGCGUGGCGGUCCCCUGGUGGUGAUCAGUCAGGGUAAGAUUGUCCUGGAGGAAGGAAACCUCCACGCCACCGAAGGUUCUGGGCGCUAUGUGGCCCGCAAACCUUUCCCUGACUAUGUCUACAAGAGGAUAAAAGCUCGCAGCAGGCUGGCUGAGCUGAGGGGUGUACCAAGAGGAUUGUACGACGGUCCGGUUUGCGAGGUGUCGGUCACACCUAAAGCCAUGACGCCCGCCUCAUCUGCCAAAACGUCACCUGCAAAGCAGGCCAACCAGCAACCUGUCAGGAACCUUCAUCAAUCUGGCUUCAGUCUCUCUGGUGCUCAGAUUGACGACAACAUUCCUCGCCGAAACACCCAGCGCAUUGUGGCGCCCCCGGGCGGAAAGGCGAACAUUACCAGCCUAGGUUAGAGUGCUCCAUCAAUUGCACGGAGCGGGGGGAAAUGGAUUUAAAGAAUGAAGCCCGAUUGGUGCAGAGGGUUUCAUGGCGGAAACUUCUCCCAACAGCAGAUCAGGCAUUUCUCCAUCUGUGAUCUGUAUUUCCUCCACUUCCUUUUUUCCGCAAUCCCCCCUCAAACGAGAUCAUAGGGGACACAGUUUGAAACAAAAAAGUUUUGUCUCACAUGAAGGGAAAAAAAUUGUGCACUUUUACUUUUUCUUUGUUGCGGUUCUUUCUCCCUUUCACCCACUAUUGGGUGGGCUGAUUUAACAUUAUGAAGCAGAUUGGGUACUUUAGUGCAAAAGGUCAAAUUUACUGUAUUAUCUAACUUGAGGGCAGCAUGUGUGCUUCAUCACCACCCAACAUUUAAUCGAUAAUUCACCCACAGGGCUGUCUGUUCAAAACAAGAAGAAAACUCUUAAAAACUGUUAUGAUUUCUUGCUUUGCUGACAUGCACAGAAUAAGUCUGAAUUUCCGUGUCAGCUGAAAAAUCCUCAUGGCUGUUGUAAAAGUAGCUUUUUGCUUCAUUUCUGCACAUAUCUAGCAAGUUGGAUUGAGGCUAAUUAACUGUAAAAUGAAUUAAAUAAGGCCAGAGAAAUACCUUUUUGUUGCUCCAUGUCAUUCACUUAUAUAGCAGGUAUUGAAUAUCCAAACUUUUUCAAGCCGUCCAUCACCAACCAGUGCAUUUCAGACAGAAUGUUUCUAGACUCACCAACAACUAUGCUUUCUGUUCUUACUCUUUAUGUGCCUGAAAAAAACACAGAAGGUGUAUACAUAUUUUUGUUCCUCUUCUUUAAGUGAAGGAUGUAAGAUAAAAAGCCAAACAAAAAAACAAACAUGUAACAUAGGAUUAACCGAUUCAAAGGUGCCAGAUUUUGCGCUUUCGAUUGGGCCUAUUGUGCCAGUAGAGCCCCUGUAAAGAAAAAAGAAAAGCUCAUUAUCUUGAAUCUUUUUUUUUUUUUUUUCAACUUUGCUGUCAAACUGCUCUUUGGUGUCGAUUUGUAACUAGUUGCUGAAUGGUUGAACACGUUGUUUUGCGCUUGAAAGCCGCGGCAAGCUGAUGAUUUUCUGUACUGUAUGUGUGACUAGUGAACUGUACAUGAUGGAGGGAUCGACCCCGGCUGAACUCAAAUACAGUCCUAAUUUACCAUUUCCCUUUUUCAUACUAUCAGUUCUUCAUGAUUCCAAGGAUUUGAUACAGCUUUGUAUUUUGACGCCAUUGCUCUCCACAUUUCCUGGCUAUUGCGAGUACUCAAUGUUCAAAUUUAAACUAUCUUUAUUUCACCUGUUCUGUCAAUUUUCUCACAUUCCUUAUGUUUUUUAAACACUCCUUGACAAAAGACUCACUGUUGUAGUUUUACAUUUUGCUUCUAUGUCGGUAUGUAAUUUACUGUGUUUCUGUAUCUUUUUUUUUUUUGUGGGUUGAGGGGGGCAUAGAGUUACCGACAAUAAAUGAUGACACUAAAUGAACUGUAGUCUUUGGAUUGGUUGCCCCUUCUACUAACACUAAAUCCGGCCCAGGGUGUCAAAACUAGGGCUGCUAUCUUUUUAUGUGCGGUAAACUACAGUAAAAAUAACACUAAAUUCAAUUAUAAAAUUUCUCUGGUACUAAAUUAAUGUCUUUUACUGGUGAAAAACACAUUUACAAAAUUUCUUUUGGUUACAGAAAGAUAUGAGCGCAGUUUUCAGAAAUAACCAUAAUUGAAAUGACUCAAACAGACUUCUUUUUGGAAAAUGUUGAGAAUUCAAGUGAAAGAAUGUCAUUUUUUUUCUCACUCGCAUAGGAUUCGUCAGGCUCAACCAUUCCAAACUACCUCGAGACCCCUCCCCAUUACUUGUACCAUUGUCUCACUACAUUUUUGGUUGUUUGCAGCUGUUGCAAUGCUAAUAUACUUCACCACUCUCAUGAUCUGCUGCUUGUGGUCUGUCUUGGCUAUGCCUGUCAUAUUUGAGUUUGCCAUUUGCAUUCUCAGGACAGACACACCAAACAACCAUCGUGUGUCAUCCCUCCUUGCUAAUACAUGUGACAACAACACAACUGUACGAUUAAACACUGUCAGUCUGAGUUCUAAUAUUGAACCAUAUUAUGCUAAUCAUAUAUAAGUAAUAUGUACUGUAUGUUCACUAUAUGCUGCAGACUGAGAGAAGAUGCUAUUCGACACAGCUUGUACUCUGACCCCACCCACAAAUUUCCUCCCUGUUCCCUUUGUCAAAGUGAAAAUGUGUGAUGGAUGGUGUUUGUUCUGGUGGCCGAUGGGAUUCUGGGAUGCCUGCUCAAUAUGGGGAAUAAAGUGUUAA